AUGCCCUCAGUGUUUGGACUCCCAAUCCCCAUCUCGGCCACGGAUCUCCUCCUGGCCUCUGCCAUCUUCUGCCUCGUGUUCUGGGUGGUCAGGGCCUCACAGCCUCGGGUCCCCAAAGGCCUGAAGAGUCCUCCAGGGCCGUGGGGCUGGCCCCUGCUUGGGCACGUGCUGACCCUGGGGAAGAGCCCACACCUGGCCCUGUCGAGGUUGAGCCAGCAGUAUGGGGACGUCCUGCAGAUCCGGAUCGGCUCUAUGCCCGUGCUGGUGCUGAGCGGCCUGGACACCGUCCGGCAGGCCUUGCCUCAAAACAGGAAACAGAUGAUAGGUAGAGGAGAGAGGAAGGGCUGGGAAUUCAGACACCUGGGCCGGAAAUUGGGAGACUUCUUUCGUCCUCAGAUUCUGUGA